ACAUAACGACAAUAACGACAAUGACGACGAUGCUGCGGAUGAUGAUCACACGUGUCGCACGGAGAUGCAGAGGGUUUUCUUAUCCCACGAUUGCGCCGGGAUCCCAACAGCACAAGACGGCGAUGAUCGCCCGACACCUGUCGACAUCUGGAACCGCUGCCGCUGAGACGGAUGAUGGGGAGGAGGAGGUGGAGGAGAAGCCGCGUUGGCCCGGAGGAGGAGGAGGAGGAGGAGGAGGCAAUAGACCGAGAAUGCGACCGGCCGAUGCAAGAUCCCCUUGGCGUCAGCAGAGGUUCCCCCCACAGGCAAAGGCCGGGCGCUGCGAUCCCGACUUCCGUGGCUUCGAGGUGGUGUUUAUGGGCACAGCAUCCUCCAUGCCGACUAAGUUCAGAAACACCACGUGCAUUGCGCUGCGCCUGGACGGGACCACCUAUCUGAUCGACUGUGGGGAAGGCGCACAGAGGCAGUUCACGCAAACGGAAUUUCGGCCUCGAACGAUAGACCGGAUUUUCAUCACACACAUGCAUGGGGACCACAUCUUCGGCUUACCGGGGGUUAUAUGCAUGAUUGGCCAGCAGGGAUCCCCUGGGAGACCGCCAACGCAGAUCUAUGGACCCGUCGGUCUGCGAGCCUGGUUGAGGACAACCCUGUGUCUCAGUGAGGCUGGCGUUCCCAACAAGUAUGCUGUACACGAACUUGUCCCUCCGGGGGGGCAAAGGAGAUCAACGAGGAGGGGUCUGUCUAUGCUGAUGGAAGACCCCCCGCAUGUUGAUGAGCUGCCGGGGAGGGACAUUGCUUGCGGAGGUGAUGGGUUGUGGCUUGUGCAUCAGGACGAGAGAUACGUUGUCCAGGCAGGCGCGCUUAGGCACUCGGUGCCCUGCUAUGGGUACGUGAUUGCAGAGAGAACGAGGCCUGGCAGAUUUAGUGUUGAAAAGGCCCUCGCUGCGGGGGUGAAACCGGGGGUCAGCUACGCUAUGCUUCAGAGAGGGGAGACCAUUACCCUACCCGAUGGAAGAUUGGUCAGGCCCAUGGACGUGCUGGGGCAGUCGAGGAGGGGGCGCAAAGCAGUGAUCUUGGGCGACACGUGCGACUCCAGAUCGCUUCUGGAUGUCGCUCAAGAAGCUGAUAUACUUGUCCACGAGGCGACCUUGAGUGAUGAUAUCGCAGGGGAGGCGAUGAAGAGGGGUCAUUCCACGUCGACCAUGGCUGGCAAUUUCGCCAGAGCAAUUGAUGCCCGAAAGCUCAUUCUCACUCACUUCAGUGGUAAGUUCGAAGGUGCUGUGAACAAUCAGCGAUUUCCUGACCAGAUUCAGAAUCUGAAUCAGGACCAAGCUGGUGGACUGGGGUAUUCAAGAAGUAUCAAAGAUAUGAUCCGCGCUGCUCGGCAGGCAUUCGGCAAACCCGAUGUUAUUGCGGCCAGGGAUUUAAUGUCAGUUCCUGUUUUCCUGUCGGACGAGCCGCCGGUGGCAAAAUCGGCCCCGUAACAACGUUGGAUCUGGUCGUCGUCGUCCUUGGUAGGUUUUUUUUUUUUUUUUUUUUUUUUUUUUUUUUU